CGGCCGGAGCUCGAGCCCCAGCGGCUGAGGGCGGGCGGGCGGGCGCGGGGGAGGGAGGGGGGCCGGUCCGCGACGACUCCCCGGACGGCGUUUCUCCUCCGAGCGGCGCCGAUUUCGGCUUUGGGGGGGGGCGGGGGUACAGCCCAUCCAUGACCAUGGGCGACAAGAAGAGCCCGACCAGGCCAAAAAGACAAGCGAAACCUGCCGCAGACGAAGGCUUUUGGGAUUGUAGCGUCUGCACCUUCAGAAACAGCGCUGAAGCCUUUAAAUGCAGCAUCUGCGAUGUGAGGAAAGGCACCUCCACCAGAAAACCUCGGAUCAAUUCUCAGCUGGUGGCGCAGCAAGUGGCGCAGCAGUACGCCACCCCGCCGCCCCCGAAGAAGGAAAAGAAGGAGAAGGUGGAGAAGCAAGACAAAGAGAAACCUGAGAAAGAUAAGGAAAUCAGUCCUAGUGUUACCAAGAAAAAUACCAACAAGAAAACAAAACCAAAGUCCGAUAUUCUGAAAGAUCCUCCUAGUGAAGCAAACAGCAUACAGUCUGCAAAUGCUACAACAAAGACCAGUGAAACGAAUCACACCUCAAGGCCCCGGCUGAAAAACGUGGACAGGAGCACCGCACAGCAGUUGGCAGUGACUGUGGGCAACGUCACCGUCAUUAUCACAGACUUUAAGGAAAAGACUCGCUCCUCCUCGACCUCCUCAUCCACAGUGACCUCCAGUGCAGGGUCAGAACAGCAGAACCAGAGCAGCUCGGGGUCAGAGAGCACAGACAAGGGCUCCUCCCGUUCCUCCACGCCAAAGGGCGACAUGUCAGCAGUAAAUGAUGAAUCUUUCUGAAAUUGCACAUGGAAUUGUGAAAACUAUGAAUCAGGGUAUGAAAUUCAAAUCCUCCACCUGCCCAUGCUGCUUGCACCCCCUGGAGAAUCUUCUGUGGACAUCGGCCUCUUAGUGAAGCUGCCAGGAUGAUUUCUGCUUGCCAUGGGCAUCUGGCCACCAAGGAAUUUCGCACCCUGACGAUUACUCUUGACACUUUUAUGUAUUCCAUUGUUUUAUAUGAUUUUCCUAUCAUGACAUUAUAAUUGGAUGUGCUCCUGAAUCUACUUUUUUUAAAAAAAAAAAAAAAAAUCUGCUGUGCACAAUUUUCCAUGUACAUGACAACUGGUUUUUUGUU